UGUCAUUCAUCACAACCGCAAUCAAUCCCUUCACAAUUCACACCACUUCGAAACACAAUACUAUCACCAUCUUCCGCAGUCUAUUGUCUCUCGCACCAACAUCGAGUUGUUUGCCGCUUUCAUUUUUCGAUCCACGUUUGCCGUGCCACUUAAUACUUUUCUCCCCAUCUCCGCAAACGGCCCAGUGACCCAGCCGCAGUCUUCGAUUCUUCACCUGUUAUUCCCUGCCGCCUUCUUUUCUACGAAGCUGGCUUCUGACGACUCCUACCCUACGUCUCUCACUGUUCUCACCUAGUCUGCGACUCAAAAACGGCAUCAAUCUGUUCGCCAUCUGCAACACUCGAUUCUUUUAGAACGGCCUAGAUCGUUGAAGAGGAGGUACAAGGGGUCAACAAAUUUGACAUUAUUGCGUCGGCCGCAAGAGCGCGCUUCAUAGUGUGCCGGCCAUGCAGUAUCUGAUGGUACAAGCCGUGUCAACAUGAACGGGGAUAGGCCCACAGUCAAUGGGGAGCGCAUUCUCAAUGGCGUUCAACACGACGUCUCAAACUCAGCCUCACACAUUGGACAAACAAAACAGGUGCAAGAUGUCAAACCUCUUCCGGCUCCAGUGAAGAAUGGCUCUUCCAUUCCAGUCAACGGUCAGCAUGGCGCAAGUCAAAUUCCAAAUGGCGACCACCCCCGUAGUGUCGCAAAUGGCUUUGAACAAGCGCCUCCGGAAAUUCUGGACCUGGUACCGAAGGACAGCUACUUGCCGAUGGCUGCGCUCAUCAGUAGAGCCUCUCAAACGUGUUGGAAUGGCUUGGCCAGUAUGGUGGAACAGCUGGCAACGAUGCAAGUCCCCGAACUUCCUCUAGAUCAGACAAAGACUUUGCCCAACAACCUGCCGAAUAAUCAGACCAAGGCAAAUUUGGACAAGAAAGAUCGCUUGCUGAGGUUCGCAAACGAUCAGAAGGCCGACUUCAUAAAAUUACUGGUCCUCUUGGAAUGGAGCAAAAAUGUGGAUGAUGUCAGCAAGACGAUUUCCAUCAACUUCUGGCUCAUGGAUCGCCGACGAGCAUACUGGAAUGCGAUCUCAUCAAUGGCCCUGCUCAAGCAAGACUCUGCCGGUUUCCAAGUGCCCAAUCCCGAUCUGAAAGUAGCAGCUGAGGUCCUAUCAAAAGGCAAGGUCGCCAAAUUUCCUACCUUGGAAGCCUAUCUCCCUCAAAAAGACCUCUCCGACAAACAAAUCUUACGACUACUGAGAUCACUAAAUCAAGCUUUGAGCGUCAGACUCGCGCUUGCCGACGAUUUACCACGACAACUUCGUAAAUUUCGCGUUCAUGACGGCCGUGCAACUUUCACAGUUCCUAAUGAAUUUGAGCUUGAUGUGUCCAUCCUGGACGAGAGUGUCGACGCGCAUUUCCGAAUGGUGGACUUUCGAUUCCGUUUUUCGCCUGCCCCUCCGAUCACGGAUGCCUUGCACGCAGAAAUCGAACGCCUUGCCAACUCCAACAUCGACCGGGAUGGGCUGCAUGGUUGUUAUCUAUUUCUUCACGAAUUGACCUUGUCCUACAAACUAGCUGAACUCCACAACCAAGCAAUCGACCUAUUCCGGAGUCAGUGGGCUGGCCAUCUUCGCGUGGAAAUGAUUCGCCGAAAUCUCAUAAUACAAUACUGGACGGAGAGGCCGUCUAGCAAGAGUUGGAUCGAAUUCGGCAUCGGUAGUGGUCGCGGCACCAACCAUGUAUCUGGACAAGAGCCAGUCCCUUGUCUCGAGAUCAAGUGGAUGCGGCAUGGCAAAAAGGUCGAUACGCUACUGUUGCGGCUGGAUGACUCAGUACUCUGCGUCGAGGAUAUUCUUCGUCAAGUCAUCGCACAACAUUCUACACAGCACCUCGAUUCUAUCUUCGAUAAGCUGGUUCUCACACCACUUUUCGCUAGUGGUGAACUACUAGUCGAGCAAGCUACCUCGGACGAAGACCCUGAGCAAUGUUCCCUGACGAUACAAUUGUCGCGAGGCUCACAUCUGCAGCUUAAAGUGGAUGCGGUAACAGGAAUGCUGGUAAUCAGCCCUGUCAGCGAACGGAGCGAGCGGUUGCAGUACGAAAUCAACCGUGUACAUAAUGUGGCCGAUGAAAUCGUGUCAAAAUUGCUCAACUUCCGAUGCAGUGUGAUGGAGGGCGUGGUCCUUGCAAGCAUUGCAGGCACGAGUUGGGAGACGUUGCGCGCUUUCAGACUCACUCAAGGCGAAAUCAAGACCAUGUACGGAGGACCGGUGGUACGAAUCAACCUAGUACGACAGAGUCAAUGGGGUUGGGGAUUCUUCUUAGCGAUAAUUCACGCGCACGACGGCGACCACUGGUGUCUAUCACAGCAGAUAGCCGUCAAUGGACUCAAUCCCCAUGCGCAAUUCCAGGUUUUGCGCACACAGAAGAUCCAUGUCAAGGAAGAGUUAUCUCCUGCAUAUUUCGAAAGGCUUGCGGACUAUGCGAACGGUUUGAUCUCUCUCCAGCGCAACGCCGACUUCGUGCGCGAGAAAGGAGAGAAAUUGGAACUGGCUCCGUUUCCGGCCUUCGACAAGCACUAUGUUCUGCCGGAGUUGUCUUUUGAGCUGGAUAUGUCCAAGCCGGCUUUUGCUGGUCAGCGGCAUCCUUCGCCAGGUAUGGCAAAAUCCAUAUCCGGGAGUGUGGAUGCUACUGCCGUGCAUAAAACCAUCAAAGUUCGCUUUGGCGGAAUAGACAGGGCCACCGGUCGAGUCUUGACAAUUGCGCAAGUCCAGAAUGGAGCGAGUCAGCGUGUCCUCAAACAUUUGGACAAGUCGAUGUUGGAUGGCGAUGUCACACUUGAUUCGCAGCAUGGCACGUUGACGAUUCGUGUACAGAGCUCAAUAUCCGAACCAGCAAUUUCCGCCAUUGUGGACAAAGCUAUGGACCUUGAGAAGAGUCUGGCCACCAUGGAACAGAUCUACCGUCUCCCAGGCCUCAAAUUGAAGACCAUGUCGAAUCCCUCCUUCACGAUCACUUAUCAGCACGAUGGACCGAAAGAACUCGGUGUCAAUAUCAACCUGGGCGUGGGAUCGCAAAUACCUCGGAUCGACUUCUUCCCGCGCGAAGUCAAUCCGCAUAUUCACCUCGCUUCGCAGUAUACGAGACUAUUUCAGGCACCGCAUGUUCCCUUCGCAGCCAAGGUCGGAGACUUCCUAACCUCCUUAAUACUGACCCUCCCAUUGACAACCUUUUUGCAAACCCUCCAACGAAAUCUUGGGCUCAACGCAAGACCUCAGCAGCCAGAUACGCGUAACCCAGAAUCAGGUGUCCGGGUACAUGUCCUUGUCAGGAAUGCCACGGCGUUCGCAGUCCAAUACUUUACCACAGCAGCCCGAGUUCCUCAAGAUGUUGGACCGAAUUCGCAACCGCAUCUGCUGGCAAGACUUGAAAUUGUGCAACACAUUAACUCAUCAGACAAGCCAAUGUGGCUGGUGCGGGCUGCGCUUGAGGAUUUCCAGUCCUACACAAGACCGUCGUACACUACUCCAGCCUUGCGGGCCAAAUUGCGGCAAGAAAUAUUUGCUCGGUCAGAGAAUGAGUCGAAGUGGCUUGCUCUCGACAACGCCGCGGCGUGCAUGGCAGACCGGCCAGAAGCGCUGUUACAAUCAAUCCAUGAAGUGUUGUGCAAUUGGGCCAAACAGUCUACAGACUCAGACGCCGCGAGUACUCAAAGCAAUCAAACUCAAAACAAAGCUACGAAAGGACAAGACAACCUCCCCAACGGGAUGAAUAAGCCCAAAGCACCGGGGAAGUUGCAGAUGCCCGGCAACGCAAUGCCCAUCGGGCCUGUUAAACAGCAGCGGACUCCAAAUACUAAGGGUAGCAGACCCGUUGCGGCUACCAAAGGUUCGACGGGUACUGCCAGAAAUUCAGAGGUCAUUACGCUGGACUAGUGACCCAGCUUGUGUAUAAGGGAUGGGGAGUUUCAUAUUUCAUGAUUUUAGCUCACCGGAGAGCUUGUUGACUACGCAAAAUACCCUUAUGGACUGGGCUUUAAUGCAAACGGGAGGCAAGGAAGCUGAAUGUUGAUUGGCAUUAUGACAACCUGCCAAUUUUUGAAUGAAUAGAAGUUCUUGCAAGCCUGGUGUUGCUCGAGGAGCUAGAUACGACUCGAAUGAGAGUAGGAUAGCAAUCUGACCGGUGCUCAUCCUUUUCUUUUGCAUGCAGAUAGAGCGCAAGGCUGCUAGUCAGGCUGGUCAG